GAGUGACGACGACGGUGGACUUUUUCAUCACAAGAAUCUUCCUGUCUCUGAUCCCUUUUAUUAGCUUGGAGUGGCUCUGGCAGAAAGAAUAUCGUGACCCCGCCUUGAGUUCGGACAACCUAUCUUUGUACCGUGGGUUGUUCGAAAUUUGGCAGAAGGAACAUGCCCUAGCUAGCUUAGGCUAGCUAUCAAUUGCCUCAGUAUUACAUCUUCUAUCUAUGUUUUAUCCUCGGUCAUGAAUUGUCCUCGAGGCCAGCCUCAUUGCAAAUAUGAUAGACGGUUAAAUUUUGUUCUGACAGUCUUCUGACCUCUUCUCUCAUGUCAGUUUCCACCAUGGUUCAAGUGGAGUCUCAUCCCAACGGUAGUGAUAUUGCUACCCUCUCUCCUCUCACUCAGCUCCAAUUUGUGUCCACUACUGUUCUUCAACAGGCCCUCGAUCUUGUCGAGAAUAUCCUGACUUCUGACGACCAACUUACUGCCCAAUCCAAAUUCCUUCCAGGCUCAACUAUCGGAAAACAUUUGCGUCACGCACGAGACCACUUCAUUCUCCUCAUCGAAUGCAUCUCAGGACCAGCCCCACAUAUCUUUUCAUAUGACACCCGUAGCCGUAACACACCAAUGGAGAACAGUCUCUCAGACGCUCGAGAGGCCCUCAAACAAGUUAUCUCCCGUGUUGAGGAAGUAGUACCCACGGCAAACCUCGACCUUCCACUUACCUUGAACGCUGUUACGCCUUUCAUGCAAACUUUUGAGACAACAUUUGGCCGAGAGCUUUGGUUUGCAGGAUUACAUGCAGUUCAUCAUUGGUCCAUGGUCCGGGUCAUAGCCGGAGAGCUUGACAUCAAACUUCACGACGAUUUUGGUUUCGCCCCGUCUACUCUUGUCUACAAGGGUCAUGAAGCACUGCUGGGAAAGGCAAAAAUCUGAUGUUCGAGUGUGUCGUAUAGCAUACCUCACUACUACUAGUACUAGCAAUCAUAGUACCUCAUACCGCGCGCGCCUUGUGGAAGCAGCAGUGCAGCAGAAAUCCGAAAUCAAAGUGUAGCCUACCAUGGCCAGUUGCAACCUUACAAUGAAUCAUACUGACGGGACUCGUCCUAAUCCUCGCUGUAGAGUCCUCAGGCCUCAGCCACCUUCAAUAUGAUCGUCGACGACACUACGGGAAAGAUGAUACGAUUUGCG